AUGCCACGGCGCAGAAAGUCCGGUCUCGAGUCCGAAGCCUUCCAAGUCCGCUGGCACUCGGUUGCCAACAUCGCCACGCCCAGUGCGGACAUCAUGUCGUCGCCUGAUCCGCUCAACGACACCAUCGAUACGAGCGUGGUCCUGCCUUCAUCAACGCGCCGCGUCCCCCGCAGCAGCCAACGGUCCAGCCGGUUCUCCACCCUGGGCACCUCGCCCAGGAAGCAGAUGUUUGAGCUCGAGGUCGGCGACGAUCGAGCUCCCCAGAAGUUACUGGUGACGGUCGAGACGGAAGAGCCAAGCGCGACGGCAGGUCCGGGAAGCGCGCGACGAAAACUGUUCCAGACUUCGAGUCCUUUGUUACCAAUGUCCAGGCGGAGAGAGAUGGCGACCACGACGACUGUGCCUUUGAAGAAGGCCAUUGAGGAGGAGAUGGCCGACCCAAACGCGACCCCGAGGAGGAGGGGCCGGCCGAGGAAAACAAAUGGAACACCUCUACCCGGCGCAGGCACCAAGAGAAAGUCGGGAACUCCAAUCAAGAAAACACCAAGGCGACCGCGAUUAUCGAAGGGUACGGAGACGGGGAACGAGACGGUAGGGUCCAACGCAGGCCGCACGCCAGGAACAAAGAGAAGAGGUCGACCGCCCAAGAAUCGACCUGUUGAACCACCCAGCGAGCUGGGAACUGACGUGGAUGGAGGAACUGCUGAUAUCGAAAGGAGACGGCAGGAACUUGGUCCUGAAGAGGUGGCGGAAGUCAUGAAUGAAGCUCCUGCGCUCCCCUCUCUUCGGGGUGACGACUCUGAAGCUGACAAUGAGAUGACUCUGAUCAUCACUCCUUCAGAAGCUGAAGGGUUGCAAGCAAAUCAAGCCCAGAACAAUACCGCCCAGAACGAUACUACGGCUCUACCGCAUUCGGAGCCUGAUUCGGAUAUUUGGAUGGCAACUCUAGACGACGAACCAACCCCACGGCCUUCAAGUCGAAUAGCGCAAAGAGAGCCUGCGCCCUCGAGCCCUGACCAUGAACAAGAGGCCGAUACUUCGGAUUUUGGGGACUAUGGAUACCUUCCACCGGCAGGCAGCGAUGUCUCUUCCGCAGACGAACCUGAAAGUGAAAUUCAACCUAUGAACAACGACACCAUUGCGGCUGGCGAAGACUUUAGCAUGAUUUUCAUGGACUCUCUUCCAUCGCUCCAGGCGAACUUGCGCAGCUCCGUCCAGGAAGUCACUGAGAACGAUAUUGGCGAAGAAACAAGUAUGAUCAUCAACAACACGCUUGAAUCUCUGCGCCAGUCCUUGCAAGAGCGGGACAGGCCUAACACGGAGGCGGAAUCUGCUGAAGCCCCCAAGCCAGCUGAGCCUGCCUCCUCUCCACCCCGAGAAGAACCUAGGAAACCCAGCAUUCGUCCUCCCCUGACUUUUUCGCCGAAUCGCAACAUGUCCCCAAGGUGGCUUCGAAGCCCUCGGAGAAUGGGAUCUUCACCCUUACGGCGCCAAGUAUUGGAGUUGAACGCAAGAGAGAAUGCAGAUGCGGCACUGGAGGCACCAGAAGAGCAUGACUCCCCUAUUACUGCUGGGGGCCAAAGAUCGUCGGUCCCCCCAGAUCAUGAAGAGUCGAACUUGUACGAUGACUCGUUUUCUGAAAUUCCAGAUGCUGUACUUGAAGCAGCGACGCCACGACGACCUCAAAGAAAUGUUGUGGAUGAGACAUUGUUGGAAGAUGAAGAUGUGGAAAUGGAGGAUGAGCAGCCUCCUCAGCCAGUCGAAGAGGAGGAAGAGCAAGAGCAAGAGCAACAACAACAGCCAGAGCAAGAGGAGGAACAAGAACAAGAACAGGAACAGGAAGGGCAGAGAGACCCCCCGGUAGCUUCCAAUGGAAGUGUUGUCUCUCAAUCGGACGCUGGACGUCUCCCUACCCCUGACGAUACCCCACCGCAACUUGAUGCUCAAGAGGAUCAUGCCGAAAAAUCGAUACACAUGUCGGGAACCUCGGCCACAUCUACAUCCCCUCGAGGCUCUUCUCCAGCUGCUCCAUCGUCCGGACAAUCCUCGGCCAGCCAAGUCCAGAUUGUUCCGGAAAUUGUGGAGGAAGUCGUCAACGAAGAUAUUGAGGACGCUGUCGUGGAUGAACCUGCUGAAGAGAUGCAGGAGGAUAACGAGCCGGAAGAGGACGAGGAAUUACCGGAUAUCAACGAGCCGCGGCCAACAGGUUUAUUUGUACCCAACGACGCCCGUCAGCCUGAGGUUACGCCACUUAACCAGAUGACGUCUCCUCUUCAGGAUCCCCAGUCACUUCUUCCAGAAGCAGUAGCGGAGAAGGUGCUACGGCCUACACUCUCCCCUAUCGUGCGAGCAGGACGGGCGUUGCAAAGCGUGACAUCGGAUCCUCCCUCGCCAGAGACACGUGAGCAACACCUGCGGAGCCCCUUCAGGAGCUCUGUGAGCAGAGAGCUGGGACCCCGGGAAUCGCAGCCGAUCCGACGUCUGAGCGCCAGCCCUGGGAGAUCCGUUGCCUUCCCAGCAGUUACUCAAAUACCCCCGGCCAACGAGGCAUACGAGGAUCCCUUUGGUACGGACACCAGACACACUGGUCAAGCUAGCUUUAUGGAAGCGCUUGAGAGAAGUGGCGGUGAUCCUUCACCACGGCGGUCACGGAGAUCAUCUCGGGAAUCUACGGCAAGCUCUCUCCUUUUCCAGCCUCGCAGUGAGGAUGGAAUGAGUUGGGUGGAGAACGAGGGCCCUAUUAGCGCAAAUCUUCGUGGCGAUGUUCCGCUUGAGGCCUUUGCUCGAUCGACAGUUGGGAAGGCAAAGAGCCCAGCUAUCGAUCGAGGCCAACUAGAUGGCGCAACGGACGAGGCAGAUGAGGAGCCUGAACAGGAUGGUGACGAUAUGGACAUUUGGGAGUUCGAAGCACAGCGGUCGUCUCCUCGCGCGGCUCGCCAACACUCCAGGGAGAAGACGGCCGAGGCUCCCACUCCUAGGCGGAGCACCCUACCUAGCCCCUGGACGAAACGCACAAGUCGUGAGGCACAGCGUGAGAUAGAGGCCGUUGUCCAAAGGAACGUUCAGGAAGUCACAGAAGAAGCCAACGAAGGGGAGGAGGAGGAGGCAGAGGAGGAGGUAGAGGAGGGAGCAGACGCGGAAGCAUCAGACGCUGAUGCCACAGAGGACGCUGUGCCGGAGCCAGCUCAAGCAGAGGAAUACUCACUUCUCUCUCAGAGGGGCAACGCCCAGCAGCAGCAGAACAAGGCCCCGGAGUCUGCAGUCAAGGCUAGUCGCUUCGACCUUUCUACCUUCUUCUCUUCACCAGCGACUAUCCCAGGGAUGUUAGCCGAGAAGUUUCUGUCAGCCAAGAAGCCUGCACCCCGGCCAACUGAGCCCGAACCGGUGGAAACAGAAUCCACCCUACCAACAAGUUCCAUGUUUCCACAGCUGCCACAGCAGGAAUUACGGCCUCGAGCAGGGCCUCGGGCUGGCUUCUUCUCUCCUGUCCGCGCUCCACAGCCAGUAUCAAGGCGGCAUGAAGAGGAAGCAGAGUCACAAGGGGCUUCUACAGAGCAGGAGGGGACUGAGGGGCAGUCAGAACCUGAAGAACUUGAAGAGCACGAGAUGCCCUCGGUGCCACAGAAGAGGAACUUCACACCCCAACGAAGACAGCCGAGCCAGUCCUUCUUCAAGACUUCAACUCAAGCUGUUGCACCAACUAAUAGCGCGCCUACCCCGCCAAGGAUGCAACUCUCUCAUGCCGACAUCCAAAGGUGGCAGCAAGAGACUUCAAAUGCUAGCGAGGACUCUCCUGAGCCAUCUCGACCCCUUCUCAGACCCCUCCCACCUAAGAACGCGUCCCCAACCAAGUCGAGUCUGCGCUCUCCCCUUAAACCACACACACCCGGUCGUGUGGUCGAGUUCACCAGCAGCGUUCUCUCUCCUGUUGAGCAGGCCAAAGCUCGACAGCAGCGCCGACUGUCCAAUUCGUCUGCGGCAUCGCAGUCCAGCAACACAGCUCAGCGUCCACGUCUGAGACCACCGCCCCGGCAGAAUGCCAACAAGGAGAAUGCCGUGGCUUCUGACGUCUCCAUGUCCGACGCCUCACCCGUUGCAAAACAACAACAGCCCCAGCCCCUGUCCAAGACCGUCUGGACACGGCAGCACUGGCUCUUCCUGGAUGAGCUGCUCCAGCUACGCCGCCAGGGGCCCUAUCGCACCAACUACGAGCGCCGCUCAGACAAGUACCUGGGCAAGACAGUCAAGAGCCAGGGCGAAUCCAUGACGCUGGAGCGCUGGCACCUAGACUGCGUCGACGCCUUCAAGGCCGAAGUCGGCGGCUGGGACGAGGCCUCGCUGGCAAAGAGGCUGUUUGCCCUGAUCCUCGGCGAAGAGAGGAGGAGUCAAGGCGUCGUCGACAGACCGUCAUCACGAGUCAUGUUUCACUGA